GUAGCGGCUGACAGGUACGCUUGGGAUUCCGAGAUAACGUUCGAUUUUCUCGUUCCUGAACGGUUCUGUGAUUGUUUAGGGUUAGGGUUAGGUUUACUUUUAGUUAUCGGAUUUGGAGCACAGUGGUUGUUUCUACAGCUAUGGCGUCGACCAAGGUUAUCAAGGUUCAAUAUGCGGAAACACUAAGGCGUUUCAAUGCUAGUGUCAAUGAGAACGAUCAACUGGAUCUUGACAUGAGUGGAUUGCGAGAAAAGAUCUUGAGUCUUUUCAAUCUCCACCCUGAUGCUGACAUUACUUUGGCCUACGUUGAUGAAGAUGGUGAUGUAGUAACUCUUGUUGAUGAUGGUGAUCUGCGUGACACAAUGAGGCAGAAGCUCAAAUUCUUGAAGAUAUAUGUACAGAUUAACAAGGACAAAUCUUCUAAGUCAAGUGGAAGUUCUACUCCUUUGAGGUCCCCUCAAGGUCAAACUCCAAUACCAAAUUUUAAUGCUGACGCUGCCGAAGUUUUGAAGUCCCUGCCAGAGCCACUUCAGGAAUUCGCUUCGAAGUUUCCUCUUGAAUUGGCUUCAAAAGCUGCAUCAUCCAGUCCGGUGUUAGCGGAGCUUGUUGACUGCUUUUCAAAGAUGGGCCUGUCAUACUUGAUUCCAGAUGCCCAGGUUCAGACUGCUGGAGAUUCGGGCAAGCAAAGCGGCGCCUCUAAGAGUCCUGUGGAUCCCCCAGCUGCUUCUAAGUCAAAUGAUAUGAAGGGUGAUGGCAGGUCAGAACCCAUCUCUGCAGCUGAGGAAUCAAGCACCAAAAAAGGUCAGGCGACAGACUCUGUGAAUGUGACCAAGGAUGUGGGGAUGUCUGCUCCACCUCUUUAUGCAACUCUUGAUCUCAAUUUCCUUCCUACUGAUUCUAAUCUAUCAGGACCCACGCCCGUUAAUGAUUCACCAGCUGGAUCAAGUCUUCACACCAGUGAUGCAAGGAAGGAGUCUAAGGAGCUUCCCAAUGGUCUUCUCAAUAUUCAAAAGAAACUUCACAACAAGAAGCCUUUUGGUUGUGGUCCGUCUGCAAGUUCAGCUCGUCCUGCGAGGAAUAUUCAUGAUAUGAUUGGUAAUCGUUUCAACGAAUGUCCGUUUACAGGGACUCCCAUUGCAAAUGACUCAGCUACUCCUGCUGCCUGUCGGCGCAUUCCUUUCAAAAGAAAUCACUCCGAAGCGAUGGGUGGUAUGUUCCAUACGGGUGUUCGCUGUGAUGGCUGUGGUUGUCAUCCAAUUGUUGGACCUCGAUUCAAGUCAGUAGUGAAAGAGGAUUAUGACCUCUGCCAGAUCUGUUUUGCCAGUAAGGGUAAUGCAACUGAUUACAUUAGGAUUGACCACCCUAUCUCUCAUCGUCAUCCACGGCCCUUCAAGGGGUUGUAUGAGCAACCUCCAUGGUUAGGUCCCCCAGUUAUGCCAAAAAUAUUGAGAGGUAGUAUGAAGCAAGGCCGCCCUAAGCUUGAUAGCCGCUUUGUUUUGGAUGUCAAUGUAAUGGAUGGUACCUUUAUAGCCCCAUCUACUCCAUUUACCAAAAUAUGGCGGAUGCGCAACAAUGGUGGUAUGGUGUGGCCUCAAGGAACAACACUUGUGUGGAUUGGGGGUGACAGAUUUAGCACUUCAGAUUCAGUUGAAAUAGAGAUUCCUGCGAAUGGUGUGCCGGCUGAAAAUGAAAUUGACAUUGCCGUUGAUUUUACUGCACCCGAGUCACCUGGUCGCUACAUCUCAUACUGGCGGAUGGCAACCUCAUCUGGCCAAAAGUUUGGGCAACGUGUUUGGGUCCUGAUUCAGGUUGAUACAUCCUUGAAGGAUUCAUUCUUUGAGAGUUUUCAGGGUCUGAACUUGAAUCUGCCCCCAAAAGAAUCUGAAAAAAUAGAUGUGAACCUUCAACCGGCUGCUGGCAGUGACUUUCUCCGGCCUUCUGGUUCCAGCCCACUUAAGGAACCGGUGAAGCCCAUGCCUACUGAGCUACCUGGACAUGACCAGGAGCUCCACUUCCCCAUCAACGAUAGCUUGCUAGUUGGCCACAGCGCUUCUGCCCCUACUGAGCCACAGGGUUCUUCAACUCUGUUGUACCCCACUGUAGAGCCACAAGGUUCUUCAGCUGUGUUGUAUCCCACUGUUAAGCCACAGGGUUCUUCAACCGUGUUGUAUCCCACUGUCAAUAUCUUCGAACCAUCUCUGCCCUCCCCCAAAUUGUCACCUGUUGUCAAUGCACCAGCAUCAUCCGAAGGGACCAGUUCAAACAAUGCCGUGGAAGACACCAUGCUGAAGGAGCUUGAGGCGAUGGGAUUUAAGCAGGUCAAUUUGAACAAGGAGGUUCUACGUAUGAAUGACUACAACAUGGAGCAGUCUGUCGAUGAUCUCUGCGAGGUUUCUGACUGGGAUCCCAUCCUUGAAGAGCUGCAGGAAAUGGGUUUCUGUGAUGCCGAAAUGAACAAGAAGCUGCUGGUGAAGAACAAUGGAAGCAUCAAGCGUGUGGUUAUGGAUCUGAUAAACGGGGAGCAGCUUUAGUUGGAAGACAACUACUAAUAAAUCAUGUUAUUAUAUAAUCCUAGUGUGUGUGUGUGUGUGUGUAUUAUCUCAGAAAUAAUGGACUGACAUUUUGCGAUAUGCAAUAUGAUGCCUUGCUUGCUUUUGGGGACCAUGUCCAUGUGCAUCUUUUUCGUAGUAUGUAAUUAUGUAUUAGUAAAUUGGUACUGAUAUCCAAGUUUUGGAUUUAAUAUUACAAUCUAUGUCAUGUA